CAUUCACUUUUUCUGGUGCUUCUCCUCUUCUUUAUAUUUGCGACUGCCUGGGCCUACAAUGCAAAGAAGUGCGAUGAUGAGCCGACAGAAACGGGGCCCUGCCAGGGGGAAUUCGAGAUGUGGCGCUUUGACAAUGUUAAUCGGCAGUGUGAGUCCUUCAUCUAUGGCGGCUGCCAGGCCACAAAUAACUUUUUUGAGUCUGGCAUGAACUGCGUUCUGAACUGCCUCAAACACCACGAGUUUUAGAAUUUAAAUAUACAUAUUUAUUGGACCGAA